AUGUCAGCAGUCGAAGAUGAAAUCACGCCCAAGCCCUACGACUACGUAAUCGUCGGUGGCGGCACCGCCGGACUCACGCUGGCAGCACGGCUCUCCGAGAAUCCCGGCGUGACAGUAGCUGUCCUUGAAGCUGGCGAAGCGCAUCUGAAUGAUCCUCGGGUCAUGACUCCCGCCCUGGCGGUCUCGUUGUACGAUGAUCCGCAGUAUGACUGGGGCUUUAAAACCGUUCCACAGAGACACUCCCUCGACCACGUCUUCGCAUGGCCCCGCGGCAGAGGUCUAGGUGGCUGCAGCAUGCUCAACUUUGGGGUCAUGACCUAUCCGUCGAAACGGGAGAUCGACAGUUGGGGCGCCCUGGGCAGCCCAGGCUGGUCCUGGGACGAGCUGUUCCCUUAUUUCCUGAAGUCGGAGAAGUACCACCCCCCGCCCGAGGGCACGACAGCCGCAUUGAACAGCGCGUACGUGGAACGGGAUGCGCAUGGGCACGACGGUCCCAUCCAGACGUGCUUCGCCCAGGUCUCGGGCCCGUUCAACGAAGUGUGGAGGCCGACGAUGGAGAAAUUGGGGUGCAAACUCAGCGGGGAUCCGAAAAAGGGAAUUGCCAUGGGUGCAUAUACGCAUCUGCAUUCUGUCGAUCCGACAUCGCGGACGAGAAGUUAUGCGGUCACCGCAUAUUAUCUGCGCAAUGCGCACCGGAAGAAUCUCUCCGUUUUGACGGGGGCCGUCAGCACGAGGAUUAUUUUUGAGAAGGAUGGUGUCAAGGAGACCGACCUGAAGGCCGUGAGUGUCGAAUUCACACACAAUGGCACAUCGCAUGUCGUUUCCGCAAACCACGAAGUUCUCCUCUGCGGAGGCACUCUGGGAUCUCCCCAGCUUCUCGAACUCUCCGGAAUCGGGUGUCGUUCCGUCCUCGAGUCGAUUGGAGUCGAGGUCCUCGUUGAAAAUGACAAUGUCGGCGAGAACCUCCAGGACCAUAUCGGCGCCGCGCAUAUGUUCGAAGUUGAGCACCCAGUCCUCCUGGGUCCCGACCUGAGCGACCCUUCGAAUUUCCAGGCCGCGAUGGACGAAUAUAAAAAAGCAGGCACUGGUCCACUGUCCGUGGAGGGCAUCUCCAACCUCGCCUAUCUCAGCUGUGCCGAUUACCUACCCUCUGACGAGAGGAACGGGCUUAGAACCCGAAUCGAGCGCGUUCCGGAGCAAACACCUCCCCAAAAACCGGGUCUCGAGAGACAAUACCAAAUCCUUACGGACCUGCUCCUCAAUCCUGAAGAAGCAGGAGGUCAGAUUCGCAUCGUCCCGGCGCAGGUCGACUUCAGCGAGACUGCUUACCCCGUGCAGAAGAUGUCGAGUACCUUCAUGGGAAGACACCCGGGAGCCUACAUUACCUUGCUGAGUUCUAUCACGCGGCCCUUCUCGCGGGGUUCGAUCCACGUAUCCUCUAAAGACCCCACUGUUGCUCCGACAAUCGACCCAAACGUGCUGUCUCACCCGCUGGACAUCGAGCUGUUGUCGAAGCACGUCACAUUUAUGGAGAAGGUGGGUCAGACGGAGCCUCUCGCCUCGCUGCUGAAGGAUCAAGGGAGAGUAUACUGCCCGGGACUAGAGGAUAAGCCGGCCGAAUACCGCGCCAAACGGUACAAUUCGCUUGAGUGGCACCCCUGCGCAACAUGCAGCAUGCUCCCGCGCGAGCAGGGUGGGGUCGUGGAUCCGAAUCUGCGUGUAUACGGCACGAAGAAUGUGCGUGUCGUCGAUGCAAGUAUCUUCCCGCUGAUUCCACGCGGGAACCCGCAGUCUCUGGUAUACGCGGUUGCCGAAAAGGCGGCCGAUAUGAUUAAAGGGGUGCGUUGA